UCUCUGUAACAGCGGGAAGGGUGUUGCGAUGUGGGUGUUGUCCGGUGUGGAUGAGAGCGCGGUGUCCUCUGUGGGUGACGCCGCCUUGUUAUAUUCAGUGCAGCAGCAACAACCAGCAACGGCUGCUAGCUAACCUCAACUUCCUCCUGUGAUAAGUCCGUUGCCUCGCUGAACCGCUGUCUUCUCAGUAUUUGUCUGUACAAGCCUAGGCAGUCAGGUUACAGAGAGAGUAUCUGCAGCAGAGGACUAGUAAGGAAACACCAAAACAGGAAGUGAUUUCCAAUAGUCACAGCAAGACUGAGAGGUAGUUUGCUGGACCUUUCAGAGGAUGGACUAAGAACCAAAAAACAAACAAGCAAACAAACCCUAAAAAACUGAGCCACAUUAAGAGUCCCCCUUUUGGUGGGGCCCGCGGGGGGCCCUCUGGCAGCAGGAAUAAUGCCGGGCAGCAAGCAGCCACUCUGGUGCCUCUUGUCGCCGUUACGUAGCCGCCAGGAGCGAGUGGUGCUGACCCGCAGUGAGAGCCUCCCGGGGGAGCAGGUGCUGAAGAUCACGGUAACGGAGACUACGGUGAUCGAGGCAGAGUCCGGGGUGUCCAACUGGCGCUCCAUGACCUAUUUGGGUCUCUGGUACUUCUUCAGCUUCUGCACCUUGUUUCUGAACAAAUAUAUACUGUCGCUGCUGGAAGGAGAGCCCAGCAUGCUCGGUAAAAGUAGUAAAAUCAUUCUGCUGCUUGUAACACUGAUUAACUGCAAUAAUCACAAGAUAAGAAACAUGCACCUCAACGCCAUCAUUGUCUCCACUUGCAGGUUCACCACGGUGGUUCUGGGCUUGGUGAGCCUGAAGAAUGUUGCCGUGUCAUUCGCUGAAACAGUGAAGAGCUCGGCGCCCAUUUUCACAGUCAUCAUGUCAAGACUGAUCCUCGGGGAGUACACGGGGCUGUGGGUGAAUCUGUCCCUGUUCCCAGUCAUGGCCGGCCUGGGCCUCUGCACAGCCACCGAGAUCAGCUUCAACAUGCUCGGCUUCUCCGCUGCUCUCUCCACCAACAUCAUGGACUGCUUACAGAAUGUAUUCUCCAAAAAACUGCUAAGUGGAGACACGUACAAAUUCAGCCCUCCCGAGCUGCAGUUCUACACCAGUGCGGCAGCAGUCAUCAUGCUCAUACCUGCCUGGCUGUUUCUUUUGGACAUCCCAACGGUUGGGAAGAGCGGACAGAGCUUGAUCUUUAGUCAGGACAUCAUCCUGUUGCUGCUUUUCGAUGGUUGCCUGUUCCACCUGCAGAGCGUCACUGCCUAUGCGCUCAUGGGAAGGAUUUCUCCUGUUACUUUCAGUGUUGCCAGUACUGUUAAGCACGCCCUGUCUGUGUGGCUGAGCAUCAUUGUGUUCAGCAACCAGGUAACCAUCCUCAGCGCCACCGGGACCGUCCUCGUGUUCAUCGGGGUCUUCUUGUACAACAAAGCCAGGCAGUUCCAAAGAGCAACCUUACAGGCCAUGGCUGCUGAGCAGAACCACAAACCCCUUCUCCACGACCAGGACUUCAAAGCCUCUCAGUCUCACUGAGUAGCCCGCUCUUAAAGCUGCAGUGCUGCUUGAAAUGAACUGGAAGCAUCAACAGUUCACUCCGUUUCAAGAGCUUCUGUCUUUCAGGGUUCCUUCAGUGUCACUGUUAAAGUAAACCAUUUGAUGGCUUGAUGAGCUGUGGGUGUGUGACCGAGCUGUCAGCCAUCAGUCAUCCUGUGGAACAUUCUCACCAGUAUUUCUUUGUACCUGACCGGAUGACCACUUUAAGCCUUUUUGAUCCUUUCUUUGUCUUUUAUUGGUCAGUAAAAGGAAGCUCAGGGUGUUUUUCCUACAUUUGCAUUCCAUUACUGGCUAGUUUAUCUCUCAUCUGUGGUAUAGCAGCUACUAAACGCAUGGGAACUGCAAAGCUCGGACGCUGUAAGAUUUAAAAUUUUGUAGUGAUGUUAAUCUUCAUUGUAUAAUCCAGUGUAAAAUGUAUCUUAAUAGCGUCUGAGUGUAGGAUGUAUGAAGGGCUCCAGUGCCCGAGGUAGGAGGCCUUUUUUGAGGCUUGUCCAGCCAAAGCUUAAGACUGCUUUACACGUUAGUAAUCCAUGUGUAAAACACUUGGAUGCCACAUUAUUGCAUUCUGAGAAUGCUCAUCCUCUAUAACGUUAUAGCUUUUUUCACUUUUUUCACUUUUUUUUCAUGUGUACACAUAAAGCUGACAUGACCACUGAUCCACGCUGGGAUGGCAGCCCUGUUAAUCUAAUCAGGAAAAGAGGACUGAAAGAAGGAAUAAAUGUACAAGCGGCUGUUUUUAUACAUUUAUAAUCUUUUUUAAAAACAGUUUAUUACAACUUGGGUUUUAUUUCUGUAGUUCUUGCCAGUGGCCAUGAAGCUUUGUGUCCAGCAGAGCGCCAGCGGUAUUUUCAUUUAUUUUUUUUAAAUAAAUUGUAAAAUCAGCACUUGAGGCGUUACUGUGAGUGUAACUAUGUUCCUCGAUGACUUGGUUAACAGAUGUUUAUGCAUCUUCUUGUUAUUUUUGGUGAUUUGUUAAACAGAAAUGAAUUUUAAAUUGAAAUAAAUGAAACACUACUUAAUAAAAGAACCACAGCUGCGGUAGUUUUCCAGAACCUCUUUAGUGGGCACCAUAUUUUGUGUGUGUCUGCUAAUCAUCUGCCAUAAACAUGGCAAACUUCCUGGUUCAGCUCUGCUUGCUGCAGUUGUAAACACUCGGUUCUCUUAUGUGGUGACAGAAACUUGUAAAUGCUCACUUUUGAUUGUUCCUCAAACUAAAGGAAUUAUUUACCAUAUGUGGAAAACAGCUGAUGCUUUCCAGGCGUUCUGUUUUUCUUUGUGGAUCUUUUCCUGUAGAACUUACUCCACAUUUUGCAUUUUAAAAAAACACAAACGAUAAAAAUAAAACCCAAGUUGCAGUAAAAACAAAAGUCAUCCUGUGCUUGUCACUGCAAAUUUACACAAUCUCAGUUCCCCCUUCUGUCCUCGCUGCUUCUAAUUUCAGCAUCCGACCUGAAAGUGGAAGUUUCUCCACCCGUAUGUAGAAAGUCGUUCUGACCGUACCCAGGACAUGUCUGUCUUAUUCAUUUUCAGUUUGACCGUUUUUGCUGUGCCUCGAGAAGCAGCUUUUCUUCUUCUCUUACAUGUUUGUGGCCACAGUUUAACCACAAGAGCUAACUGACUUGAACUUUUUGUCUUUACAUUGAAAACAUUUUUUUUUCUCCCGUGUGGGCUCUGAUUGAACAUUCAGACGUUAAGAAUUGAUCUUUUUGUACUAACCUUCCACUUUGAGUCUUUGAAAUGCUACUUCAGGAGGCAAUUUUCAACAUGCAGAUGCUUUUUUUUCAGUCUGUUGACCAGGUUCAAAGUGUUGAGGCAAUGAUGAGCUGUGUUUGGAACUGUGUAAAUCAAAGGUGUAAAUUUUUUUCCAGAGGAUGUAAAAAUGUUUGAUGGACACUGUGCAGAAGAUUAAAGUAUUUUCUUUCA